AUGGCAGAGGAUCAGAACACCACAGACGAUGCCUACCGCAUCCAAAAGAAGCCGCUCUUGGCAGCGGUCGGGCACGGGGCCGCGGUCUUUGCGAUCCAGAACCUCGUGUCCGGGCCCUUCAACUUCGUCCGUGGUGCCAAAGCAUACGUCAUGCCGCCCGAGAACCGACCUGCGCUCGUUAAGACGUACGAGUGCAGACCCCAUCUUCCAGUCAGGCAAGCCGAAAUCUUCUUCCCCAAGGACUAUGACAAAACGUCCAAGGACCAGCUACCCGUUCUCUUCACCAUACACGGAGGCGGUUUCGUGCUCGGGACCCCCAACGACAACGACGACUGGAAUCAGACGUACGCCUCGCAGCACCACUCUGUCGUAAUCGGCCUCAACUACAGCAAAGCUCCCGCUAAUCCAUUUCCCAAGCCGAUCUACGACUGCGAGGCUCUCUUUCUUGCCGCGCUUAAUGACGAGUCGCUUCCAUUAGACCGGACCAGGGUUGCUCUCCUCGGCUGGUCUGCAGGUGGCAAUUUGGCCCUCGCAGCCUCGCAGCUCGAGAGCGUCAGAAAACACCUGACUUGUAUCGUUCCAGUAUACCCCGCGGUCGACCUUUCCACCGAGUCAGUGGAAAAGGCUCCGUCCCGCCAAUACAAGCCCGAGCUGGGCGGCUACCGCGCAAGAGAUCGUGAUUUUCUGCUCGACAUCGCUCCGACCUUUGACUGGGCCUACAAAGUCCCGGGGGGGAGCAGCCGCGAUCCCCUCCUGAGCCCUCUCUUUGCUUCCAAGGACGCGCUGCCGAAGCGCGUAUUCCUCAUCGCCUGUGAGCUCGACCUGCUCGCCCACGAGGACCAGAGGCUCAUCCACAAGCUUGCGGGCCGUCCUCCCCCGCCGACGACCGUCGGAAAGCGGGAGACUGCCGGAAAGGGGGAGCUCAUUUUGGACGACGAGAGGUUCCACUUCGAGGUGUCGAACGCCGACGGGAGUGCAUACCGGUGGCUAUUGGUACCCGACACCGUCCACGGCUUCGACCAGAAACUGGACGUACUUGUUCGUGAACCCGGAUUCGUUGAGGACGCCAAAAUCAAGACGCAAAAGACUAUUAAGAUCAUUGGUGAAUGGGUGCUGCAAGCUCCCCCAAUCAGCGCGGCCUAGAUAGUGCUUUGCUGUUCAACCGUCUGUGGAGAUUGCAUGGCACACCAUGCGAUAGCGGUGUGGUCACAACGGUCUGACUUUUUGUAAAGAUGCUUGCCUAGAGACGGUUUUUUUUUCCUCCUGUAAUUGGGCAUUUUUCGCCAAUCUCUCUCCUUCUUUUACAAUAUUGUUUGCUUCCUUGUAUUUGAUUGUAAUGCCACAGAUGCAGUAUACGACGUUUGUCAGUAAGAUGGUAUCAACUGCAACCAAGACCGAAAAGAAUGUUCAAAGUAUCUACCUAAAUAUAAAUUUAGUUAUUAUCUUAGGACUAUAGACUCUAAAAAGAUACGCCAGGGAUAUUAAGUGACUGGGCACUACGGCCAUAUCAAACACC